AUGUCUUCAACGUUUCCUUCUAUUCCUGGUUACAAUGGACCAUAUUCACUAAAGGAAUUUGUGCAGCGGCUAUUCUCUCUGCAGUUACGGUUUGAAACUUCUCUCCUUUCCACUACGGCACAACCCACUAGUGAGAAGAUUCUCUUUCUACAACCCACAGGAGACUUUGUAGUGAUUGUCUAUAUCUCUCUCAGUGCCCCACCUCCUCCACCUCCUCCCACCUUAACAUCAACGGCAGAAAAAGAAAAAGGAAAAGGAACUCUAAAGGCAUUAACAAUUGCAAAUGAUACACGAUUGCGACCUUUAUCCACAUCUCUACAUGGAAGACCUCUCACAUUAUCCGUACUUGCACAUCCAUUAUUGGAUUCCUUCUUUACACAGAUGGGAACAACUGCUGUGAAUUUUAUAGCGCGUUAUUGUCCAAUGAUUGUGCAGUUUCAACCCACUGCUGGUGGAUUACAAGUGUUUGGUCCUCCUUUAAAGAAUGCCAUUCCACGUGGAGUGAAACAUCACCGUCGGGCAGAGAAGAUGGGAACUCGUAAAGUAAUUAUACGGCGUGAGAGUUCUUUCAUAAAUAAACAACCUCAACAUAAUAAGAGUUCCGUGUUAUUACCAUCCUUGUAUCAAUUGAAUGUUUCUCGUUUACCAUUGAUUGGAGAAGCACCACAACGGACCUUUGCAGAGACCAACGAUACCAUCUCUCCAUUAAUGGAAGGUUUAUGGAGGGAAUACUAUCAUAAUAAUAAUAAUAAUAAUAAUAAUAAUAAUAAUAAUAAUAAUAAUAAUAAUAAUAAUAAUAAUAAUAGGGGUAAGGUUCAUUUGGCAACUCGUUGUUCACUUGUUAGUGGAAAUAAAGAGAUACGAUGCUCAGAAGGUUGUAAUGCAUUGAUAGCCGCCAAACAAUUAGUACAUUUUGUAUUUCCGUACACAUUAUCUGUGGAAUCUAUUGGAGCUACGAAUAAGAAUAGUGUAGAAGAACACUUAACACAUGUACUUCACUGUGUUUUGGGUAGUGUGUGUCGUCUAAACCUUCGAGGAGCUGCCAUUAAACAUGUUGGAUUUUUAGAAGAACGAAGUCGUACUAUUUGCUGUAAUAAUAAUCAUAAUAAUAAUAAUAAUAAUAAUAAUAAUAAUAAUAAUAAUAAUAAUCGUCGCUGUCGUCGACGCACGGAGUCCGUGAAACCCACCACUGUUGCGGUAUCUGAACUAACAACACCAGAGGCUAUCAUUGUAUCCUAUUUACAAACUCUAUUUGAAAAUAUGCGUUGGUGUGCACCUCACUCAACGGAGCGAAUAAACUUUUGGGGAGGUUCCAUCAUAUUAACAGAGUUUUCUCCCAUCAUAUUAGAUUGGCUUAAAUGUGGGAGACAGGAAAUAUUUCCACUUUCUCAUUUUCUACAUAAAAUAACAGUUUCUCAUAUUCCAUGGUUACGUGGGUUCUAUACGAAAGGAUUUACACCCAAACGUCGUUCGAUGAUUCAACAACGAAUCUUUCUACAAUUAGUAUUCUUUCUCUUUCAACACGUUGUGCCUUUUCUCUUACGUUCAUCAUUUCACAUUACGUGGUCCUCUAAAAAUCCAAAUAGAUUUGCUUUUAUUCCUAAACCGGUAUGGACACGUCUGGUCUCUCGUGAACUGAGGCAAGUAUGCCUUUCACGCAGAAAAGGAAAUAUUGGGGAGUGUAAAGGCAAUCAACAAGUGAUGUUACCACCCAUGUCAUUGAAGCGGAUCACCAAAGAAGAAAUGAUUUGGCCUAAAAGAGAUAUUCAACAAAUAAAUGAUUAUACGCAUCAUUUUAAUAAAAUUACUACUAAUACUACUAAUACUACUAAUAGUGAUAUAUCUCUGGUGUAUUCUUCUAUUCGAUUUCUCUUGGAUCGUCAUAAACUACGUCCCAUCGCACGUGUUCGCUUUGGUAAACUACGUACUUUAUCGAAAAUGAUAACUUGUGUGCAUUCACCAUUAUUUGAAAGCACUGCGAGAAAAACAAAAACAAAAACAAAAACAACAACAACAACGACAACAAGUAAUAUGGCUAUCAAGUCUCCAAACUCAUCUAUUCUACGAGAAUCUUUACGUUGUCUCCUUGCAGGUAUAGAAGAGUCUCAGGAAGGAUCCACUCUAGUGAAAUUCACUAACGUAUCGCAUCAAAAUGAAUACGCAGAUAUACGUUCCUUUGUUGAAGGAGCACGACAUUUUUGUUCUUCUCCUUUAUUAAUGCCUAAUAAUGACAUUUCAUGGAAGGCACCAAUGGAAAGAGUUGUAGUAACAAUGGUUCGCGGAGAUGCGGUGCGGUGUUAUGAUCGCCUUCCACAAAAGGCCAUAAUGAAUGUAGUAGAAGAUCUUAUUAAACAUGAAUUAUACAAUACAUUGUGGUUAACGGCUAUUGCACCAUCUUCCUCUAGUAAUAAUGAUUGUAUGAAUAGACGAAGUGUAUCUCAUGAAUAUACAGAAAAUUCACUCCCUAGGUUAGGAGAAGAUAUUAGUAACUAUUAUGAAGUACCAUUACGCCAAUUUACACGUCUUCAGACGGUGCCUAGUCAUCAUGUAGAGAAGGGUACACUUCCUGGUAUUCCUAAAGGAUGGAUUCUAUAUGAAGAGAUUGCACCUUCUUCGGAUUCUGUAAUCCGUGGUGAUGAGAUACGGACAGUGUUAAAACAACAUUUACAAUCUCAUCCUGUAAUGAUUGAUGGUAAAUUAUAUACACAAAACUUGGGCAUUACACAAGGUUCAGCAGUAGCGAUGUUUCUCUGUAAUACUCUUCUAGAGACUGUGGAUGUAUCGUUAUCAAAGAUUCUUUCUGAACAUGAAGAACCUUCACUAUUACUAAGACGUGUGGAUGAUGUUUUAGUAGUAACACUUUCAUCUAUAGCCGCUUUACGUUGUGAUGCUGCUCUUCGCACAGGAUGGCCCGAAGUGGGAUUUGCCUGUCAGUGGAAUAAACUACAAUGUACGAAUACUAAAUGUAUACCAUGGUGUGGAUUAUUGUGGAAUCCACAGACAUUAGAGUUUAGUGUGGAAUGGGCACGAUUGGCAUCUCUUCUUCCAUCUAUUGCCGUACGUCCGAGAACAGGGAAUGAACUGUUGCAUUCUUCAUUGCGAUUGGUGGGUAUUAUUUGUUUACGUGCCCCACUCACUGUCUUUUGUCGACGCAUUAAUUCAAAGGCACGAGUUGUACAAACAUUAUAUGAGAUGAGUCUUCUCUGGUCACGUUUUGUACUACAUAAAAUGGUGGAAAAUGCCCAUUUCAUGCGGCCGCAUAUGCGUAUAAUUUUAAAACCUCUUGCAUUGGCGAUUACAGCUUUAAAGCGUUUACUGCGGCGGCAAAGAGAAGCUCUUGAACGGGCAGGUUCUUUCUGCGAUAUCACAGAUGAGGAUGUGCGACUUUGUGUUCUGCUGGCUUUGUAUAGAUCACUGGAUAACCUGUUACCGUGGAUGAUAGCGAGAGUACGACGAAGUAAAGGAAUAACAAGAUCCUUUUUGCUGCUUUUACGAGGAGUUGUAGAACGAAAAAUGGAGACAACACUUUUAAUGAAAACUACUGCUGUUGACACUCAAAAGAGGAAUGUUAUUAUUGAUGUUUCUUCUUCUUCUGUUACUACUAACAAUAAUAAUAAUAAUAAUAAUAAUAAUAAUACUCCCCCUCAAGAAGAAGUAGAAGAAAUUGUUGGUAACAAUAGUAGUGAUAUUGCGGAUAGUGUUGGUAUGUUGCUAUUUGCAGAGGGUUCUGACACUGUUACGAUGCGUGCUCUUGCUGCGGUACGAUUUGUUUCUCCACAAGCGCCGGCUUAA